AUGAUUAGAUCUAGGGAAGAGGAGUUCGAGGCGUGCUCUCAAAACGGUGUCUAUAGGCGCGGGUUACGCUCCUUUGGUGCGGCUGUCCUGGACCCUCAGCAUUUUCAUCGGAUUCGCCGCGUGGACAGCCUCACUGGUUCUGCGCAAGCGCAAGUGCUGGCAAUCUCGGCAGCAAAUGACGGAGGCAUCAACUCGCCCAACCGGCUGAAGAAUCACCCGUUCCGCUGUGAGGCUACCGACACAUUUCGUGCAAGCUGGCCGCGUCUUACCGCAGCGCUGUCAUCCCCGGCUACCAAAUCGACCGACGCAUCAACAUCAGCAGGCCUUAAAAGCAGCUGGAAUAGCUUGCGCCACUUCAGUGGGAAUGGUAGCACUACAGCCGUCAACAUGUUUCAAACACCGUUCCGUUUUUGGGUGCAGAUUUUCAUCGGAUUCGCCGCGUGGGACAGCCUCACUGGUUCUGCGCAAGCGCAAGUGCUGGCAAUCUCGGCAGCAAAUGACGGAGGCAUCAACUCGCCCAACCGGCUGAAGAAUCACCCGUUCCGCUGUGAGGCUACCGACACAUUUCGUGCAAGCUGGCCGCGUCUUACCGCAGCGCUGUCAUCCCCGGCUACCAAAUCGACCGACGCAUCAACAUCAGCAGGCCUUAAAAGCAGCUGGAAUAGCUUGCGCCACUUCAGUGGGAAUGGUAGCACUACAGCCGUCAACAUGUUUCAAACACCGUUCCGUUUUUGGGUGCAGACUCCUUUCUGCCAAAAACCAGUGCCGAGUGGAACCACCUUCCCCCCUCCAUCGCCUCCAUUGAGGACGUGUCAUCCUUCAAGACUGCACUAACCGAUCAUAUCUUAAGCCUCCAAUAACUGAGUAUUGUUUGAACAUGUAUUCUAAUUAAUUUGUUGUAUUAUUGUGUUCUGUUUUUUACUACAUUUUUUGUUAUAUUACCCACCCCCUCUGUAACGCCUUUAUGUGCCCUGAGGGUAAUGUAAAUAAAUAAAUAAAUAGAUAGAUAGAUAGAUA